AUGAUGGGGAUGAGAGCAGAAGAAUGUCAUCAAGCAGUCCAGCUUUAUAAUGAUACUGUUGUUGAGGACUCUGAAGGAACGAAUCAAGACAAUGAGUCUGACGGUGGUCAAUUGACUGUGGAUGCUAUGACUGACAAACUGGAUCUAUGCAAUAUGCCAGAUAUUCACAGUCACUGCAUCAGGGAGGAAGAGAGUAUUACUAGAGAACAUGAACAGUUGACAGACCAUAAUUUUAAAGUAGAACAAAACGAGGAAAUGGAAGAGAGUGAUCCGGACGACGACGUAGAAGAAGAGUUGGAGCCGUCUAUCCAGCAAGAAAUUGACGAGUUUUACCAAGAGUUUCCAUGCGAGGCAGACUAUUACAUAUUUGACAAGAUUGGCGAAGGUACAUUUAGCUCAGUAUACAAAGCGAUCGAUACCAAACAUUAUAGAUACAAGGCAUCUUGGUGUCUGGAUCAUAUACCAGCAAAUGUUCGUCAGGAACAACUCGCUACAAAGUCUAUGAUUAGUGCACUGAGUUUGGCUCGGACUUCAAAUUGUAGCAUUGUUGCACUCAAGAGAAUCUACGCAACAAGUAGUCCAACACGAAUCUACAAUGAGAUCAAGAUUUUAUUUAUGCUCAGAGGGCAUCCCAAUAUUGCACCGAUUAUCACUGCUGUUAGACAUUGUGAUCAAGUUGUAGUCGUAAUGCGAUACUUUGCUCAUGAUGAUUUCAAGUCAUAUUUUUAUAAUCUCACGAGAAAGGAAAUUCAAAAUUACAUGUGGGCACUUUUGAAUGCACUCGCAUACACCCAUAAGCAUCAUUUGAUUCAUCGAGAUAUUAAGCCAAGCAAUUUUUUAUAUAACCGAAAAACGCAAACAGGUGUUUUGGUAGAUUUUGGACUUGCUCAGGAAGAAUCAUUUAAAUUGACAGGGAAGCUACAGGAUGGCGGUGCUAAAGGAUACACCGAAGCCGAAUACAUUCAAAAGGCAAACAGCCGUUCAAAACGACGCCGUAUGGGUUAUUUUGUUCCUGACACAAGACCGUCCAUACGUGCUAGCCGAGCAGGCACGCGUGGGUUUCGAGCUCCAGAAGUUUUGCUCAAAGUAGUCAAUCAAACCCGAGCAAUUGAUGUGUGGUCUGUUGGAGUGAUUCUUCUUUGCAUAGCUACUGGUAACUUUCCAUUUUUUCAAUCAAACGAUGAUCAAGACGCUUUGUUGGAAAUUGCGAGUAUUUUUGGCUUGACCGAAAUGCGCAAGGCUGCAGUGAAAUUAGGACGGAAUUUUGAAACCAAUGUGCCUAGUAUUGAUCAACGAAUACCCUUUCGUGAUCUUGUGGAGAGGUUUGGACGAGGACGACAAGAUUUGCUGUGUGAUGCUGGAUAUGAUCUUAUGGGACGCAUGUUGAUGCUGAAUCCUGCCGAACGCAUCACUGCAGAGGAUGCCUUGGACCAUGCAUUUUUUUCGAAUCGUAGUGUGGUUUAG